UAUUCUAGCAGACUGGCAUGUGGUAUUAUUUGGAUAAUACAUGAUUAUGUAUUAAUACUAUUAUUGCCAAAAAUAUGAUGGGGUCAAGUUAGAAAAGUAUGCGGAAAAAUCGUUAUGUAUGACACAUCACAAGGACAGCACCAUGGCUUCAACCUGGAUAGCAGAGCAAUUUCAGAGCCUUUGUGAAUUCGAAAGCGAGGCGCUUUCGGAGAGAUUUGUUGUUUCUGCUGACGUUUUGAAGAAUAUCUUUGAAGUUCUUUCAAGUUCAACAUCAGUCGAAGAUGAUAUUAACUUGGCUCUUCAGUGUCUUGUUAAAAUAGUGCAUCAGUUACAUUUCUAUCCAAACUUCAUAAAUCAGAAUUGUGAUGUUGAUCUCCCAACAGUGUUGUUGCAAUAUCUAGAACUGCUUGAAAAAUGGACAAUGCAGUUACCAGAUACGAAAGUCAUAAUUUUAAAGUCACAGCUACUUGAUACUAUAUGUCAAAUGCUUGAAUGUCAUGACAAGCCAGCACUUCAGGUAUGUCACGACAAGCCAGUUCUUCAGGCUGUGUUUCUUGGGCUAAGCUACUCUAAAAUCAUACUGCUCAACUUGAAACUAAUUCUUAAAGUGGACAAGACAACAUUAAAGGAAGAUGAUCUGAAUAGAUGGAACCAGUUGUUGUUUUCUUCAUUUCGCACCUUGCAGACCUUACUUAGAGGCUCCAGUGUUGCCAAGGAGAUGUUUGCAGAGUCAAAAGGCUACAACACUGUUCGAGAUUGUCUUCUACAAUGGCAUUCACCUUCAAAAACAGUUAUAUGCAGUCUACUUAAAUGGAUGAUUGGAAGCAAUUUUGAGGAAGAAACGCUUGAAAUUGAUGAUGAAAACCUUGUGCCAAUUUUGAUUGAUUGGAUUCCUUGCAUCGACAAGGAUUUACAAAGAUUUUUAUCUGAUGGACUCAGAAAGACGUUAACAUUUUCAUCAUAUAAUUUGAUGGUUUGUUCAAAAACUGGAAUAAUGUCAAUUGUCCUCAAUCAUUUGAAGCAACGAAAACGUUUUCAGGACGAUGUCCGAGAGAAUCUUUUAGUUAUGUUUGAAGUGCUUGCAAGUGUCUCCAUGUCACCGAUGGAUUUUCGUGAGUACAUAACUUUGAUAAAACCCUCUGAAGAUGGUGCAGAAAUUGAUGACUUUGACCGUCUUUUGAAAUCAUUGAUCAAAAUAUCAACUUACAGUCAACAGAUUUCUAAACCGCUGUCUUAUUUUGAUCUGCGCUACCAGACAAGUGGUAUUGGAGUACCUACGAUAGAGAAGUGGGGUGGCUCAGGAUUUACCUUUCAUGCUUGGAUUUGCUUACAAUCUUUACGAGAGGACGAUGAUAUAUCAUUGACUGCAGAUGAAGGUGAUCAAGUGUCGUUCUCCUGGCCUUAUCGAAGACAAUUAUACAGCUUUUUGACAUCGUGCGGUUCUGGUUUUGAAGCAUUCUUUACGCCUGAAGGACAUUUGGUCGUUGCUGUUGCUACCAAAAAAGAAUACAUCACAGCUCCGUUAGUGGAUGUCGUUUUAGCAGAUGAUCAAUGGCAUUCAUUAUUAAUAAUUCAUUCUCAACAUCGUAAAGGAUUGGCACGCAAGGAUCAGUUAUCCGUGUUGAUUGAUGGUAAUAUGAAAUUAGCGAUUCCUGUAAAGGUUCCUCCAACGUCAGAGUCGUUUACUUCAUGUAAUAUUGGCUGUGGUGGACCACAGACAAUUUCUUCUGCGCACGAUGUAACGAUGUCAACGAUAGGAAACUUUUCUGGGCAAAUAUCUUCAUUUUUUAAAUCACAUUUGAAAGAAACUUCUAUCCAUCCAGUUCAUCACACGUCAUCGACGUUUUCCAAGUUUCGAACUCAUGUUCCCAUUGGUCAACAAGACGAUUUUUGGGGCACCCCCGUCUCCAUGCAGGGUCAACUUGGGCCUGUGUGCGUUUUUAACAAUGCUUUAAAUGAAAGACAGGGAUUGGUAUUAAAUAAUGUAGGUCCUUGUUGCGUAUCUUUGUUUCAACCAUUGGGCUCAUUAGAUGAUGAAAGUUCCACCGUUCAGGCUGAUCUUUCAACUAAACUUGUUUUGUAUUAUUCUGCAAAGGCUUGUAAAAGUAAUAAAUGUAUUGAUCUAACUCCAAACCGUUAUGGGCACAAGAGAAUUGAUGGCCGACUUACAGGAGAAGUUUGCACUAGUUGGGAUAUAAAGAAUGUCAUCAAUAGCGUUGGUGGAAUGGAGGUUUUUCUACCUUUACUGGAGCGAGUAAAGCAUGACGUUGGGGAGAACUACGAAGAAUCUGUUGCAAAAAAAGAAGUGAACGCGAUUACCAAUGAAGAGAAAGCAUUGAGUUGCGAAGAAGAGAGUGUAGAAAGUCCUACGUCUCCCGUGGAAUCAUGGGUAGUGGUUGAUGAAGAGGAAGUGAAGAGACAACCGGAUACAUUCAGCAAAACCAUUUGGCUUGUCGACGAGAUGACACGCGAGAACAACAACGGUGUUACAAUCAUAAUAAAUUUGCUUCAAAAUAUUCUCAAAGGCAGUACGUUAUCACGUGACUCGUUUUUAAGAUCACGUGAGUUAGCUACCCUGAGUCGUGUUGGCAAAAUUGAUGGCCGUAUUAUAGACGCUCAUGUUCUUAUGUCAAUACAGAACCUAUAUGAGACACUUCUUGGUUGUAACGAGCUACUAAUGGCUUGCGUGUUACAGUAUAUAAUAUGUAACUUUUCCAUUUGGUCAAGAUGCGAUUUUGGUAUUCGAGUUGGCCAUGUUCAAUAUUUGUCUACUUUAAUCAAAGACAAUCCGACCUACUUUCGUGCAAAGUUUGGCACCCAAUUUAUUUUGGAUGUAAUCAGGACUCAUUAUCUUUGUGAUUCUACUACAAAGGAUCCUACUGAAAUGAUGGCAAAAAUCAGUGAUGACGAAGCAAGGAUAAUACGUGGAUCUUUAUUGGGAAUGAUCAAUUUUUUCCUGAAAGUGAAAGUAUUUCCUCACGAUGUGACGGCUUUGAUGGAUUUUAUUGCCUCAGUAAAAUAUUCUGAUGUUUUAAAAGAAACGCUAGACGUCAUUUAUAGUAUUUGUAAUGGACCCACAAAUGUUCCUUUUAUGGAAGAAAUUUCCCACAAAAGACACCUUACUGUUCUUUUGAUGCUUAUCAAAGAUCUUCACGAAUUAAAGCUCCGUUGCAGUGUCAUUCAGAUUCUGUCAAGUAUUUUGGGCAAUGGUCUGAUCUCCAAGACAUGUCAAAGCAAUCUAAAUAUAUGUGGCGAAGUGUUUGUCGGCCUGACGUCAAGUCUGAAGCAUGCAGACUCUGAUGGGUAUGCUGAAAUAGCUUUGAUAGAGCUAGGAUUAAGUAGCUCAGAACAUUUGAGAGAUCAGAAGAUUCUGGAAGAUUUCACGUUUGUUCUUCCGGUCAUUGCAUUGUUACGAAAUAAGAGCACUUCUGUCAAAUUACAUAUUUCCCAAACGUUAUUAAAAUCUCUGGAAGGAUCAACUACAAGCGCCAUUAACUGCGCUAAAGAGGUUGCAUGGUAUGAUCCAAUUUGGCGGUUAAUUUUAAAGUCUUCGAAGGACGACUCUCAUGUGGACGAACUUUCUCAGGAACUGUUGGAGACUGUUGUGAAGUGUGUCUUCUAUAUACUCUGGUUUGGUAUUGAAGGAAAUGAUCAUAGUGCCUGGAAGGUUCGUGGUGAAGUGAUCGCUUCUGUAAGCACGAUUAGUUCUGUUGACGAUUUUAUUGUGCCUUCCCGUGAACUUGAGAGGCGUCUUUUAGAGUUAUCGCUUUCCCAGGUUUUGUGUGAUAUCGAGAAAUCUGGAGAGACUGGGGCAAAGGAAACUAUGAGUGCUCUCGAGGUUAUAAAACUCGUUGAUGAUUUUAUAUUCACAUCUGGCAACAUUGCUGGAUCUAUAGAAAAUGAUAGUUUAAGUACUUGGAGUAUAAAGCUCGUUGAAACAAUGGUUUGUUUGCUUGGUGACCUUAAUGUGUGGGCGAAUAUUGAUGGCAAUCCAGGAUGGCCUGAGAUGGCUGAGAUUGGUGAUAAAGUAUUACUCGAAUUUUUACUCCAAGAUAAUGCGGAGUUUUGUGCCUAUGCAUCAUCUAUGGUUUACGCAAUCUGGCAAAAUCGUCUUAUUGAUUCACAAGAGAAAGUCUGCUAUCUUAUCGGCAAGGUUUACGAAGCUUUCAAGAAUUCGAAACGGAAAGGUGCUGAUUCAAAAUACACAUUUACCCUACCCUUACUGCGCUAUAUUUUGCAUCAAUAUGGACAUUUUGUUCCAUUGUCAACCUAUGUACCCAACUUUCCCACGAGACACACUGGAAAUGCCGAUUAUGAGGAAAAAUUCCUGCAAUGUAUUGAUAGCGAGGAGUUUGCUGCCUUGAUUAAACAGCAAAUUCUCCCUAGCCUCAAAAAGUACGAAGUCACAUUAUCAAACUCGUCAAUUAACUCUGGGCGUUUUUGGAUGGAGUGCUUGAAUUCUCUCACAGCUAGUCUGCAGCAACGCGAUGAAAUUGAAUGCGAAAGCAAAAAAAAAUUUGAAGAGCUUGAGUCUAUGUUCACACAAAUAAAGAAAGAAGCUCUUGUUGACUAUAAUACUCGCACUAUGGAAGAAAGAGCUCAACAUAAUCGCGUUUUCCAACAAUGGCUUGUGAUGAAAAAAGAUUUGUACAGCGAAAUUGGAGUGUGGAAAAAAAGAUCCUCUGAUCAAAAUCAUUGGAAACUGUCGACACACGAAAAUUUCUCUCGAAUGAGACUGAAAUUGACGCCAAACUAUCAGUACAACCCACAUGUUGAAGCGAGUAAGUUACGUGACACGGGUGAAAUAAAGACAUUGAAAAAAGAGGAAAAAGUGCUCUCGGGCGAUGUUGCUGAUCACGUGUUGUUAAAAUAUUAUGCCGCGGAGAGACUGGGAGAGACUGAGCACGUUCAAUUCCCAAAAACUUUGGAAUCUUCGUCAACGGACGUCACCGAGGGUGUUUCAAGCCUUUUCGACUGUGAGUUAAUAACGCUUAUGGAAACGGUACCCGGUCAAGUUAGUGUGUCUUCGAGCUGUGUUAGUUUUACUGCUGCUAAAGAGUCAGCGGGUGGCUCUUCAUGGGAUUUCAAGAUAGCGCUUAACCAACUACGAGAACUUCAUUUAAGAAACUUCAACCACAGACGAAGUGCCCUUGAGUUUUUUCUUAUUGAUCAAACAAACUAUUUGAUCAACUUCACCAAAGAGAGUAGAAACGUGGUUUAUCAAGCCAUCAUGUCGUACAAUCCUGUCAAUCUUUAUUAUGGUGCCGUUAGAUCCCCUGCGGAACUGUUACAAGCAUCAAGGCUGGUGAAAAAAUGGGUUCGACGUGAAAUCUCAAAUUUUGAUUAUUUGAUUCAAUUGAAUACAAUCGCUGGUCGAACCUACAACGAUUUAAGCCAAUAUCCUGUGUUUCCAUGGAUACUUUCUGAUUAUACGUCAUCUGAACUGGAUUUAGACGAUCGCAGUGUGUAUCGUGAUUUAACGAAGCCUAUUGGUGCAUUACAUGAGAAAAAAGCUGUGGAACUUAAGACAAAGUACGACAAUUUCUGUGAUCCCUCAGGUGCGACUCCUAAAUUCCACUAUGGCACUCAUUACAGUACAGCUGCAGGGGUUUUGCAUUAUCUUGUGCGUAUGGAACCAUUUACUACACUUCAUAUAAAACUACAGAGUGGACGGUUUGACGUUCCCGACAGACAAUUUCAUUCUUUUCCAGCAACAUGGCGUUCGAUCUACGAGAACGGCAGCGAUGUUAAAGAAUUAAUUCCCGAAUUUUUCUACCUUCCUGAAUUUCUUAUGAACAUGAACAACUUUGACCUUGGCACACUGCAAACGGGUCAGCGAAUUAAUGACGUCAUUUUACCUGCCUGGGCAAGCUCAUCUGAAGAUUUUAUCCACAAACAUCGCGAGGCCUUGGAAUCUGACUACGUGUCUGAAAAUCUACAUCAUUGGAUAGAUUUAAUAUUUGGUUAUAAGCAGAAAGGACAGGCUGCCGUUGAAGCUAUUAAUGUGUUCUAUUAUUGCACAUACGAAGGAGCUGUUGAUCUGGAUGCUAUCACAGACGCACGUGAGCGUGCUAGCUUAGAAGGAAUGAUCAACAAUUUUGGACAGACUCCAACACAACUGCUAACAGAACCUCAUCCCAAACGCAUGAACCGCGAGGAAGCUCGGGAACGGCGCAUGCGUCACAGUGUUAUUCCUGGUAAUUUUGGGCAAAGUGUGUUUUGUGUUGAAGAGAAAUUGAAAGCUCACUCAAUUCAGGUGUAUAAAAACGAGAGUCUGGUGUUUGUCAAAACUGGUCGUACACAGGGUACGACGUUCAUAAAUCUAAAUCAUGAUUCGCUUAUUACAAUCAGUGAUAAAGGGGUGAUUGGUGAACAUCAAUGGUUGUCUAGAACCACGUCAUCAAAAUCAUUUACGUUCAAUGUCGACGCAACAGUGACCAAUUCAAAUCACCAAAGAUGUAUGGCAGCGCCUUCACCAGAUCUUGAAGUUGGUCCUCAUUUAUUUGCACUUACCCUUGAUGCUAAGCUCGUGAUUACCGCUGGACACUGGGAUUUUAGUAUUCGUGUGUUUAAUGCAAAAGCCAAGUUGUUACAACGUCUCAGUUAUCACAAUGAUACUGUGACUUGUGUGAACAUGGAUAGUGAUGGUCACUAUUUCAUUAGUGGAUCACGUGAUUUUACGUGUAUGGUGUGGUCAAUAAACCACCAGUCUGGUACAGCUCAUAACGUUUGUAGUAAACCGCUUCAGGUAUUAUAUGGUCACCAAACGUACGUCAUGUGCGUUGUAAUGAGUUGGGAAUUUGAUAUAGCAGUCAGUGCAGAUAAGAAUGGUCGUUGCAUUGUGCACACAGUUAGAAAGGGUCAUUUUUUGCGGGUGUUGGAGCUGGCUCACACACUUUCGAUGACAUCAAUAAAGUUAAGAAAUCUUAGGCUUUCAAAGUUUGGCGACAUUGUCUUUUCGACAUUGGACGAAAAAAAAGUAUCCCGGGUGCACAAAUACUCUGUGAAUGGAAAGUUAUUAAAAUGCGUUAAAGAUAAAGAUGAGGUAUCAGCUUUGUUAGUUAGAGGAGAUCAUGUUUUAAUAGGAAAAGUGAAUGGCACUUUAUCUAUCAGAGGAUUGCAGAGUUUGGAUAAUAUACGAAGUUUGGAAGCAAGAAUAAGUAUUUGUACAAUCAAUAUGGAAAUUGACGACGAUUCACGUAUUUUCAUUGGUGUUGAAGAUGGUCAAUUACUUGUAUUCUCUACUAAUACCACGGAUUAGAAAUAAGAUUUUAUUAACCACUAUGUGAAACUAUUUAAUAUUUCGUACGUCGUAAUCAUAUUUCUGAAAUAUUUGAACUAUUAUAAGCGUACUCAAGUUAUAGCUGCAUGCACGUUAAAGUUUGUAUGAAAGCAUGAAAGUCUUGAAUAUAACUGAAGCAUGAAAUUCUUGAAUAUAAAUCAAGCAUGUUUUGUGCGUAGGGCAAAGAUAGUGAUGAACGCAAACUGGAAUAAGAAAACCAUUGUUAUAUAGAAAAUGUGUUAUAAAAAAUUGAAAUGUUAUGAUGCUACGAACCUACAACUCGUAAAAACGAAGUUGCAUGCGUUGUAUGUAAAGUAUUACAAUACAAGAGAUACUGCUCAUAA